GUACUGGUUUUGAUCGAUCAAACUUUCUAACUCAUCAUACUACACAGCUCUCUCUGAUUACCUUACACUGUGGCAAACAUCGAUCCGAAUCCUCAGGUCUCGAUCACAUACAGUCUCCCCCAGCUGUUUCCCACCUCGAGUAUUCGUUUAAAUUUACACUCGAUCAGCUCUCUCUCUCUCUCUCUCUCUACUGAUCUAUCAAGAUCACACAGCUAGCUAGAUAGAAGCAGAGAGACAUCGAUCAUGGGAGAUUCUUCUGCUUCAUACAUACACCUGGUGCAGCACCUGAUAGAGAAGUGUUUGAUCUUCCACAUGAGCAAAGAAGAGUGCAUGGAAGCUCUGUCUAAGCAUGCAAACAUCACACCUGUCAUCACCUCCACCGUGUGGAAUGAACUGGAGAAAGAGAACAAGGAGUUCUUCGAGGCGUAUGCAGUGUCUCAGAACAAGAAAAAUCAAAUGUCUGAGGAAGAGACAAGCCAAUUGAUCCAAAAGAUAAUAUCGGAUUCCUCCAAAGAUUCAGACGACUAGCUAACAUGCUAUCGAUAGCGAUCUCACCUUGGCUUCUGGUUGGUAGAGAGCCUUCAAUAUAUCUAUAUGAAGCCAAACUAUUCGUAUCCCCACCAGAUCCCUACCCCAAUAAGAUCAACAACAGUAGCAGCAUUGAUCAUAUAUAUGUAGUCUGAUUUGCAUGAGGUCCCCUACCCGUAAAUAUAUUGUUCUUCUUAAACGAAAUAAUAAUAAUACGGAAGCGCACGGAUCUGUAUAUUUCAAAUUGGUCCCUCGGUUUUCUCUUCAAAUAAGGCUUCAUUGCCAUUUGCCA